AUGCCCGGCCGCGAAGCACGUGUGGCAGUGGUGUGGCAGUGGGACGCGGAGCCGGGGGCCGUUCCUCGUCAUUGCCCCGAAGACUCUGGAGCCAUGCUGGAGAAGGUGGCCCGGAAAUGCCAGGACCGGCCUGUCCCUUCUGGACUGGGCUCCCCGCCGGACAGCCCCACCCUCGCGGCCCCCGCCCCCGCCCCUCCUCCGGAGACCACCUCCAGGCCCCAGGACACCGGGAUUGGCUUCUCCCGCUCCGGUCCGCCCAAACAUGGCGGCCGCCAGGGGUCGAGCCUUGGCAUCCCCGUGCCCGACCCGCAGGGCAUCCGGACCCCGCGCUCGGCCCCGCCAGCCGUCCCUGGAGUCUCCCAGGUUGCCGGGUCGGUGGGGGCGGGGCACUACGCGUGCGGGAGCCUUUGCGGGGGCGCAGGAGACGGGGCCCCCCGCACCCCCGCUCCCAUCCCGCCUGCGCCUCCCGGGGACGCCGCUUUGCGGGCUCACGGGAUCCCCAACGAGUUCCGCUUGAUGGCAGUAGAGCACCACGUAUGCCAAGCGGCCCUUCCUCCAGGGCCUCUCCCUCCGCCCUUUGCCAAAGAAAAAAGGCCAAGCCGUGUCCACCCUGGCUCCAACAUGGCGGCCCCCAUGUUUCUCCUCCUCGGGCUCUCGUGGGCGGAGCUCACUCUGCAUGCCGGUCCGUUGAAGCCCGGCCGCGAAGCACGUGUGGCAGUGGUGUGGCAGUGGGACGCGGAGCCGGGGGCCGUUCCUCGUCAUUGCCCCGAAGACUCUGGAGCCAUGCUGGAGAAGGUGGCCCGGAAAUGCCAGGACCGGCCUGUCCCUUCUGGACUGGGCUCCCCGCCGGACAGCCCCACCCUCGCGGCCCCCGCCCCCGCCCCUCCUCCGGAGACCACCUCCAGGCCCCAGGACACCGGGAUUGGCUUCUCCCGCUCCGGUCCGCCCAAACAUGGCGGCCGCCAGGGGUCGAGCCUUGGCAUCCCCGUGCCCGACCCGCAGGGCAUCCGGACCCCGCGCUCGGCCCCGCCAGCCGUCCCUGGAGUCUCCCAGGUUGCCGGGUCGGUGGGGGCGGGGCACUACGCGUGCGGGAGCCUUUGCGGGGGCGCAGGAGACGGGGCCCCCCGCACCCCCGCUCCCAUCCCGCCUGCGCCUCCCGGGGACGCCGCUUUGCGGGCUCACGGGAUCCCCAACGAGUUCCGCUUGAUGGCAGUAGAGCACCACGUAUGCCAAGCGGCCCUUCCUCCAGGGCCUCUCCCUCCGCCCUUUGCCAAAGAAAAAAGGCCAAGCCGUGUCCACCCUGGCUCCAACAUGGCGGCCCCCAUGUUUCUCCUCCUCGGGCUCUCGUGGGCGGAGCUCACUCUGCAUGCCGGUCCGUUGAUGCCCGGCCGCGAAGCACGUGUGGCAGUGGUGUGGCAGUGGGACGCGGAGCCGGGGGCCGUUCCUCGUCAUUGCCCCGAAGACUCUGGAGCCAUGCUGGAGAAGGUGGCCCGGAAAUGCCAGGACCGGCCUGUCCCUUCUGGACUGGGCUCCCCGCCGGACAGCCCCACCCUCGCGGCCCCCGCCCCCGCCCCUCCUCCGGAGACCACCUCCAGGCCCCAGGACACCGGGAUUGGCUUCUCCCGCUCCGGUCCGCCCAAACAUGGCGGCCGCCAGGGGUCGAGCCUUGGCAUCCCCGUGCCCGACCCGCAGGGCAUCCGGACCCCGCGCUCGGCCCCGCCAGCCGUCCCUGGAGUCUCCCAGGUUGCCGGGUCGGUGGGGGCGGGGCACUACGCGUGCGGGAGCCUUUGCGGGGGCGCAGGAGACGGGGCCCCCCGCACCCCCGCUCCCAUCCCGCCUGCGCCUCCCGGGGACGCCGCUUUGCGGGCUCACGGGAUCCCCAACGAGUUCCGCUUGAUGGCAGUAGAGCACCACGUAUGCCAAGCGGCCCUUCCUCCAGGGCCUCUCCCUCCGCCCUUUGCCAAAGAAAAAAGGCCAAGCCGUGUCCACCCUGGCUCCAACAUGGCGGCCCCCAUGUUUCUCCUCCUCGGGCUCUCGUGGGCGGAGCUCACUCUGCAUGCCGGUCCGUUGAUGCCCGGCCGCGAAGCACGUGUGGCAGUGGUGUGGCAGUGGGACGCGGAGCCGGGGGCCGUUCCUCGUCAUUGCCCCGAAGACUCUGGAGCCAUGCUGGAGAAGGUGGCCCGGAAAUGCCAGGACCGGCCUGUCCCUUCUGGACUGGGCUCCCCGCCGGACAGCCCCACCCUCGCGGCCCCCGCCCCCGCCCCUCCUCCGGAGACCACCUCCAGGCCCCAGGACACCGGGAUUGGCUUCUCCCGCUCCGGUCCGCCCAAACAUGGCGGCCGCCAGGGGUCGAGCCUUGGCAUCCCCGUGCCCGACCCGCAGGGCAUCCGGACCCCGCGCUCGGCCCCGCCAGCCGUCCCUGGAGUCUCCCAGGUUGCCGGGUCGGUGGGGGCGGGGCACUACGCGUGCGGGAGCCUUUGCGGGGGCGCAGGAGACGGGGCCCCCCGCACCCCCGCUCCCAUCCCGCCUGCGCCUCCCGGGGACGCCGCUUUGCGGGCUCACGGGAUCCCCAACGAGUUCCGCUUGAUGGCAGUAGAGCACCACGUAUGCCAAGCGGCCCUUCCUCCAGGGCCUCUCCCUCCGCCCUUUGCCAAAGAAAAAAGGCCAAGCCGUGUCCACCCUGGCUCCAACAUGGCGGCCCCCAUGUUUCUCCUCCUCGGGCUCUCGUGGGCGGAGCUCGCUCAGCGAGCCCCAGCCAGGGUCCCCGAGGCUCCCGGCAGUGUCCUCGAACCCAUCCGGGGCUCCAUCUUGGCCCGCGCGGGAGACACGCUCCUCUGGUCCGGGGCCCAGAACCCCAGCCACGCCACGCCGGUCCCUGCCCGAGCCUCAGUCAGGACUCCCCGAGAGGCCAGCCUCACCCCGAGGCCUCCGAGCGCCCAGGACACAAAGGACGGGCACCCGCCGAGGGCUCAACAGCGAGUCCACCUCCCUGCGCAGCGGCCGGGGGACGGAGGGGUCCCGGGCACCGGGCCCUUCACCGCGGCCUCCGACUCUGGACAGCUCCCGCGGGAGGGGCAGCGCCCACGCGCGCCCACAGGCCACGGGUACUCCAGGCCAACGCAAACACUGCCGCUCCUCCUUCCCGUCAAUCGGCCCAGAGGCCACGGCGCACACCUCACGGUCACAUCCACAUCCACGGCACCCUGA